AUUGUUAUAAGAUACUUGUUGAAUUGCUGUUAAAUGCACACUUCACGAUUCACAGCUACAUCCAAGGACAUUCAAUGGCUUCUCGUCCGUCAUUCGAGGAUCUGAAGCCAUUUCUAGUCGCCGAAAAUGUAUUCGUGUUCCUUCCUCCAGUGAUUCCUGACUCUUCAACCAAGCUAGAAUAUUUUCUCUCCUAUACAGCGAACGAGAGGGUCGAUCAGACCGCACAGUUCUUGCUAGUGGAUAUUCUCGCGACCCAGGCAUGGGAGAUUCACGCCUGGCCUGGCAAGAAUACUAUCUUGACAGACGAGGACUUCCAACAGCUCAUAGAAGACUUCUGUUCAGAACACACUGCGUCAAAAACCACUCGUAUUCGAGAACUUGAGCAAGACGGAGAGGCCGUGGAUGAGGUCUCGUUGAUUCAGAUACCAGAUAGAAUUCAGGACCCUCAAAAGCCAAGCACGCAAGGCUCUUCUAUCAAAACCACGCCCAUGACUCCGCCAAACCAAGGCAACAAAGGAAGGCGCAUCAGUGCCCCAUUUCGUUAUUACAGACCGGGGAAAUGAAUGUUUGUUAGCUCUGUGCAGGACUUUGAAUCUGGAAACAAACAAACACAAAUCCUUUUGUUCAUGUGCAUGCUACUGCUUGGGGUAUUAUUUCAUGAGCAGAGAUUAUUCAGAUGGUGAAGGAGAACGUGUAUAAUGCAUCUGACAGUGGUAAACUUUCCAAGACAUUUACUGGUACAAAGCUUUUUUCUAAUCUGUCAUCUUCGACCGGUUCUUCUGUUGUUAGCACCUAAAAGAAUCCUAGGUUGAGCCAGCUAAUAGAGCUGGAUGCUGAGGCUGGAUACUUGACCAGAUCGUGUGCUGCU